GGCAGCGUCCAGAGGGACGCGGACACUAAACCUAGUGACUCCGCACCGACUCCAGAUGUUCCGCGCGCCGUCUCCUCUCAUAUCCGCGUGACAUGUCGCGCAUCCACGCUUGCGUCCGUCCAUGUCGUCUCCCCCUCUGACUGAGCUGCUGUCAUGACUUGUGCCCUCAGGAGCGACUCCAGGACGAACCCUCCUCUCCAUGCGUCCCUUCUGCGCGUCGGGAUUUAGGUCUGCUGGAAGAUCCUCGCCGAAAUAAAGGAUGGGACCACUCCGGCACGUCGACAUAAGGGGCCAAAGCUAAAGAUUCUAGAUUAAAUAAAGGUGAUAAAAAAUGGUUAUCACAGACAGAAACGCUCCUGCUGCCAAGAAGGAGCAGCAGAAGAAGAAGAGAAGCUCCCGUCCUCAUGGGCUCCCCUCCCCAGCGCUGUGCUGCGCCUGUGGUCUAUGCAUCAUGCUGGCUGGACUAAACAUCACCCUGGUGGGCGCCUUCGCCUUCAGCACACUGGUGCCUUCUGCCAACCCUCCGAUCAUCAUCGGACCCAUCCUCCUCCUCGUGGCCUUUUCCUUUUUCGGGGCUUGUUGCGUCUGCAGCCGGCUUCCUCCGCCUCACAGCUCGCAGAGGUCCAAGAUGGGAGGCAGGGGAAUGGGUCUCAUGGGCCAAGGUGGGCUGGCAGGAGGGGCGGCGUUCGAGAUAGAGACCAGCGAGCACACGCUGCAGGACACUACGGCUGUGCAGCUCAGCCCUACGUCCUCCCCUGGAUCCUCGCGGGUGUCCAGCCCAGAGAAAGAGACUCCUGAUCUCACCCUCCCGGGGACCUGCAAGCUCUUCACCAUGGAGACCAACGGUCCCUCUUGCACCUACUCGGCCUCCACAGGCGGCGAGGUGAGGCUCAACCUGCCUCGUGAGGAAGUGGUCACUUAGAUUUGAGGAGUGUUUAGUCUUUGUGUUUCUAUAUACCAGUCCACUUCUGAUGAAACGCAUGCAGCAUCCACAUCCACGGGGACCACAGCCUCCCUUCUCUGUUGUGUCCUUCCCUAAACAAGAGUCUCUCAAGGUCGGGCGGCAGCGAUCGCUGAAAGGUCACUGAUGGACGACUUGAAGACGAGGGCGGCGACAUGUGCCAUAGUGAAUGUCCUCAAGUGCUGAACUUGUUUGGGGUGCAUUAAAUAUUAAAGGUUGCUGGGGUCCCACAGCAAUAUCCUCUCAUCUAAGAUGCAGUUGAUAUCAGCGCUAUUUUCAUCCUGUAAGUGACUCACUCUUUCAUCAUGGUGAGUCUCUCUUCACACAACGUCAUUUUAAGCAGACAGAAAUAUGUUAUUUGUCCCCCCGAGGAGGCGGAAAGUACUUGACUGUAGCCUGCAAUAAUAAAAUAUAGACAUAGUUAUUGCAAAUAUGACAUCAAACAUGGAGGACAGUGACAAUGACCAGACAGGAAAAACUAGAAUGAUGACAUUCCUGCUCCUAUUAGGCCCAUUUUUUGACCACUGUACUCACUGAUAUGGAUUUUUGUGCUGCGUGGGCUCAACCCUGCAAAAAACACUUUGAUUCAAAUAUCUAUUUUCUUGAUCCAAAUUUGUCGUAACAAAGCAAAUGAUCAAUAUAGGAAAUGCACUAUUCUACUCUCAGGUUUGCAGUGGGGCUUUUUCAUGUGUAUGCCAUGAAAAUACAUUUUGAGAAUGUAAUGAUAAAAAAAAAGUUGGUGAGAAGUACACAACAGUUAAGGAAUAUUACUCUGAACUCCCUGAUGUAAACAUUGUGACUCAGACUUUCUUCAGACCGAUCAGAUCUUAGCAGUAUUUCACGAUAAAUUGAAGACGUGUCUACAAAAUCUACACAAGGUGUUGAAAAUGACUUUGAAUUUCUUGUUAUAUCUGGGUAUAUGUCACAAAAAACACACACGUUUUUAUGUUCUUGAAGUAACUUGAUAUGUAUUUAUUUAUUCAGCUAAUGCAUAUGAGGGGAACUGUUCACUUCAUUGGCAUAUAGAGUGACAACACUCAAGCACUGGAGAAUUAUUCAUGACAAAACAACAUGCACAUCUCUAUUGCAUCAAAUAAAUAGAUCACUUUUCACGCAGGAGUCAAGCGCAUAUUGACGCCUGCAUUUUCAUAUCUGUGGUAUUUCAAUGAUCAUAUGCCAAUCACUCACAAGGGCUGGGCUGUUAGUUUAAUAAAAAAAAAUAAAAAAAACUAGGGUGAUAGUUGAGGGGACUGUUUUUAAUGUGUAAUCAUUUGGCUUUUUAUGAUGAGGGCUAAAUGAAGGACGUCAUUGAAAACUUUAUAGUACAGUCACGAGUGAAGCUCUAAGGUGAAUCACAGUUGUCGUGAGAUGUUUUGUACCCCUCGUCCAAUGGAUCCCCCCCUCGCGAAGUGUCGUGUGAUGUCCUCCAACUGCUUCUACGGACUUGCCAAAAGAGACAUUCCGAGUGAUUUCCUGUGAACGUUGCCUUAGACUGACACAUCAGGAUUCAACAUAUGAGGGCUAUUUUACAAUUUUUAAAGGAAGUUUUGUUUGUGGUUUUACCGCAUGCCAUCAGAAGAAGCAACGGAAGAAACAAGCCAGGGCCUUCAGCCUGUCUGCCCAUCACUCCACUCGUUUCUGUUCACUUGUCUCACUCUGAACCAGGGCUGAGGUUUAUGUUUGCAUGUGGAGACGUCACUUGUGGAAAUCCUGUCGCCGAGUGUCGUGUUGACUGUGUAUUUUAGUUUCUGUAGCACAGGACUGAUGUAAAAAUGGCAAAAUAUUUUGGUGAAAAUUUGAAUUGGUCUAUUUUACAAGGAAGAAAUAAAGGUGAAA